CCCGUACUUUUUCUUGUCUGUACGGGAAUAAGAAAGGAAUUACGGGCAUAUUAAUUUAGCUUGUGAGUAUCUUUGUUGUGGUUAGUUUCACCGCCCUUACUGGUCAUUGGACAUUCGUGGUCUUUUGACAAUCAAACCUCCGACGCUGACUUUCUUUCUCCUGAUCGCCAGCAACAGCAAGGGAAAUUAACCAUAAAACAGAAACCACAAUUACUUAGCCGAUUUUAGGUUAUUCACGCGCAGUUUUAAAAACGUUCGUUAGCCCCUCGUUGCCCCUCUCCUAGCUUUGCUCCGAUCUUCGUUUUUCGCCAUCUGUUUGGCGUUUCUCUUGCGGUUUUCGUCCCUCCUUUAAAGAAAUUUUCUCACCUCCGGUCCGAAAGAGGUAAAUCACCACUAAUCUCGUUCACUAUAGUUGUUCCCAUAACAAUGUCUGCCGAAGUCUCCUCAUCUCCAGCUCCUCAGGAGCAGAUCGAGCAGCCCAUCAACGGGUCUUCUCCCACCCAGGAUCCCACUUCCGAUAGCGAUGCCAAUAACUCAUCCGUGGCGACCCCGAGCAACACUCCUCACAACUCUCACACCUCCGCCUCCCUUUACGUUGGGGAACUUGAGCCGUCUGUGACUGAGGCAAUGCUCUUCGAGCUGUUUUCCACCAUUGGGAACGUUGCAUCGAUUCGUGUUUGCCGUGAUGCAGUUACCCGCCGUUCUCUUGGGUACUCUUAUGUUAACUAUAACAACACCACUGAUGGUGAACGUGCCCUUGAGGAGCUUAACUAUACUUUGAUCAAGGGUCGCCCUUGCCGCAUUAUGUGGUCGCAGCGUGAUCCUGCUCUUCGUAAGACCGGGCAAGGCAACGUUUUCAUCAAGAAUCUCGAUACUGCUAUUGACAAUAAGGCUCUUCACGAUACCUUUGCUGCUUUUGGUAAUAUCCUUUCCUGCAAGGUUGCCCAGGAUGAGUUUGGCAACUCCCGCGGAUACGGGUUUGUUCACUACGAGACCGCUGAGGCCGCCAAUAAUGCAAUUAAGCAUGUCAAUGGCAUGCUUUUGAACGAGAAGAAAGUAUUUGUCGGGCAUCAUAUCCCUAAGAAGGAUCGUCAGAGCAAGUUUGAUGAAAUGAAGGCCAACUUUACAAACGUUUACGUUAAGAAUAUCGAUCCGGAAGUUACAGAUGAGGAAUUUAGAACUAUGUUUGAGAACUACGGUCCUAUCACUUCUGCUAGCCUCUCUAGGGAUCAAGAUGGCGUUAGUAGAGGAUUUGGUUUUGUUAAUUUCCAAGAGCACCAGCAUGCCGCCAAGGCUGUUGAAGAUCUUCAUGAGAGUGAGCUCAAGGGUCAGACUCUUUAUGUUUCUAGGGCCCAAAAGAAGCACGAGAGAGAGGAGGAAUUGAGAAAGCAGUACGAAGCCGCUAGAGUUGAGAAAGCUAGCAAGUACCAGGGUGUCAAUUUGUAUGACUCAAUUGUGUUCUGUGAUUAAUCGGCUGAAUUUACUCUAACUCUUCUAUUAUAAUAGGUACAUCAAGAAUCUCGAUGACGAGAUUGAUGAUGAGCGCCUCCGCCAGGAGUUUGCCCCAUAUGGAACUAUCACUUCUGCCAAGGUUAUGCGUGACGAAGUCUCUAAGGAAGAUAAGGACGCUGAGGAGAAAGAAGGGGGUGGCUCUGGGAAGAGGCUUGGUAAGAGCAAGGGAUUUGGUUUUGUCUGCUUCUCUAGUCCAGAGGAGGCUAGCAAGGCCGUGACUGAGAUGAACCAGAGAAUGGUGAAUGGUAAACCUCUCUACGUUGCCCUUGCUCAAAGGAAAGAUGUUAGGAAGAGUCAAGUAAGUAAUCCUUUGUGGCUAGCCCGGAACUAUACUUGGCGGGGUGUUAAUGGAAAAAUAGCUUGAAGCAAGUAUUCAAGCUAGGAAUCAGAUUAGGAUGCAACAACAAGCUGCGGCCGCCGGUAUGCAGCCCACUGGGUUUCUUAACCCUCAGGUGUAUUAUGGACCAGGCCAGCAACCCGGGUUUAUGCCUCAAAGUGGCCGUGGCCUCUCGUUUCCUCAACCAAGUAUGAUGCCUAUCGCUGGUGGCCCCCAGGGCGGUCCCGGUGGGCCUAGUAGUCGUGGCCCACAGGCCGGAAACUUUACUCCUAAUACUAGUCGCCCUGGUCCUCAAGGCCCUAUCCCACAGGGUAUUCCGCCGCAGAUGUAUGGCCCUCAAGCAAUGGGCCCUGGUGCAGGACCUGGUGGUCCUGGGUUUGCUCCGUAUCCACCUAAUCCUCUUGCUGCUGCCCAGGCGCAGGCUGUUGCAGCUUCUCAGCAGGGUCGUGGACGUGGUGGUGUGCCUCCUGCAGGAAUGGCCGGAUUGCAACAGGGCAUGGCUAAUAUGAGCAUGGGCCCUCGCGGUCCCGUUCAACCCGGCCGCGGUGGCCCUCGUGGCAAUCUUCCUCCCCAGACACAACCCGGUCGUCCUCCCGUUCCUCCCCAGGUUCCGCACGUAUCUGCUAGCGGAAUUGAUCCCACCCUAUUUGCUGCCUCGCCUCCUCAGGCCCAGAAGCAGUUGCUUGGUGAAUCGCUCUAUCCCAAGAUCCAGCGCCAGCACCCUGAGCUUGCUGGGAAGAUCACUGGGAUGCUGUUGGAGAUGGACAAUAUGGAGCUUCUUGCGCUGUAAGCUUGAUCGAUUGAUUAUUUUAUCCAUCUUUCGCAAUAACGGCUAACAUGUACCAAACAGUCUUGAUGAUGAGCAAGCUCUAAUCGCCAAGGUCGAUGAAGCUCUCAGCGUCUACGACGAGUACGUCAAAACUCGAACCGGCGACGAUAUUGGAGGACACGAAGGUGCCACGGCUAAUGAUAACGAGAACAAGGGCGAUGAGGGGAAAAAAGAGGGUGAAAUUAAAGGUUAAGCUUAAGGCGUCUUUGGGAUAGAACUUUUUUUUCUCUUUUUCGAUUUUCUCAUGGGUGGCCAGGGGUUGUUUGGGGGUGGUGACCAAAAUAUUCUUUUUCCUUGUCUCUUUUUCAAUGGGUCAUUUCAAUUCACUGUUCUUACUCUUACGUGUGCAAAAUUUUAACCUCCUUUUUCUUUCUCUGGGGAAUGAUGUGUCCUUUGGAUUUUGUUUCAUUCCAGUUAUCGGUCUCAUCGGCAGCCCGGGUUACGAAAGGUUGAGUGCUUUUGUGGUUGACCGGAGCUACUGGGGCAUGAGUUACGAACCAGUGGAAAUUUUAGGGUGGGCGGGGUUCUGGGAUAUGGUUCGUUUUUUAUUUUUGUUCUCAGCUCUUUUUUUUCUUUUUUUCUUUCGGUUUUCUCUGGUGAUUGAAAUUCGAUUUUCUUUCCUCACUGCUCCACUCUUCCUCCACUCUUCCUCCAUUUUAUCUUCAAUUGGUGUUUCCCUAUGCCGAAGCUGAGGUGAGGUCGGGUGAGGUUUAUAUCGGUAUGAGUGGUGUGUGCGGUAGGGCGUGUCCGACAGGUGUGGAAUGGGGUGGAUCCGAAGAUGGGGAUAAAUCACAAUUGAUAUAAAAAAAGCCGGAAAAGUCGAAAUUAAUAAAAAAUAAAUAAAUAAAUCAGAGUUUGUUGAAUGCACAUUUUACCUGGGAAAGAGUGCGGGUUCAUCAAGGCACUACGGUGUAGCUCGAUUAACUUCCGUAGACUUCUGUGGACAUUAUCUCGGUAUGAUGAAUGGCCUUGCCGGCUACGCAUAAACGAUAUCUCUUUGAAUGGCGACAUAAGUUAGCUGGGUACGGGUGAGUUUUAUAGUACGGUUAAAGUACUCAGUACUUUAACCGUACUUGGGCUCUACAAUUGCUGUAAGAGUAGAAGUGUAGAGAGCUAAAGCUACGGUAAGAUGGUUUGUCACCAUUAUAGCGUCUAUGAUGGAAUUCUUGUGUUUGUCCCUGUUUU